AUGCCGGCCGGACUUGCUAGCUCGUUGCUGCUCAGACGAGAAAAAGUCGUCCUCGUCUCGAGCGAGUCUGUAAACAUAGCGAUCUAUAUUCACACUACGACGAUACGACGACUAUACUACGACUGUCCUACGACUACGCUGCUCUCUUUCGGCACCGGCAUGACCAUUCCCUGUACCUACCCAUCCAUCACCAACGUCAUAUCUCCAUCUCCAUCUCCAUCGCCAUCGCCAUCGCCAUCACUCAGCCCUGAGCGCCAGGCCGGUGCACUAAAGGAGCAAAAGGGGUCGGAGCUGCAGCGUAACGUCCGUCUGAGAGUCGCUCGCUACCGACCGUAUCGACCUCGUACUGAUCCGUACAGCACAUCCCAAAUGUCUGGCGACGUGGCUGCACAAGCGUGA